UUGAAUCAUUUUAUUGUUUUGCUAGGUUUCAUGAAGAGCAAAAUCAAGCAUUCAAAGCUCAGCAACGUUAAGACACUCAGGUCAAGAAUCAUUAAAGCCUGUGAAGCUAUUCUUUUGGUACAUCUUCAGAAUUUUAUUCGAUUUUCUGUCAAGAGAUUUGGAUGCUGC